AUGACCAACUCGGCCGCUUCGCAUCCCGCCAGCAGCCACCAGAGCAGCCCCGCGACUGCCGUCACCUUUUCCAGUCUUGAAGAUCGCCCCCGUCUGCCAGCGAAGAGGACUCCGCUUGACAGCAGCAACGUCACCAAGCUUGACACUAGUUACGACUACUACUCCCGAAACAACAACAACGUCGACAUCAACACCACCAACAACACUCACAUCAACACCACCACCACCACCAACAACAACACUCACAUCAACAACCACAACACCAACAACAACAACAACUACAACAACUACAACAACAACAACUACAACAACACCAACAACAACAACACCAACAACAACACCAACACCACCACCACCACCAACAACACUCACAUCAACAACCACAACAACACCACCACCACCACCAGCCCAAACACUACCGCCGGCGCCACAGCCCCCGACACCAGCUACCGGCCCAAACACGCGCGCAACCUCUCGACCGCCUCCAUCACCUCGGCCUCGUCGCUCCGAAACGCGCUGCCCCAGCUUGACACGCCCACGAAGCUCGCACGCAAUGUGUCGCCCGGCCUCCUCGCCCGCAUGAAGUUUCUCAACCAGCAAACCACUGACGCCGCCAACAAGAGCGUCGACGUGGGUCGCAUCGAAGACGACAAGAUCCGCAAGCUUGACGAGUUCCACCGCGACCGCAGCUGGAGCGUCGACCGCCGCGGCGCCGCCUGGAACGGACUGCACGCUCAGCCCGAGUCGGCCGCUGUCGCUGUCGCGGAGCCCGUGGCCGGAGAAGGCCUGCAGGAAGGCGUGGGCCGUUUGGAUCGCUCCAAGGUGACGCGCAGUAGACAGGUCAGCCGCGAUAGUGACGCUGAACUCAAGGGCGCGCCUAGUGUGGGCCGGAUUGACGCGGAUAAGCUGCGUCGUCUGGACGAGAGCCACAGACAUCGGAGCCUGACUAUCGAGAGGCGGGGCACGGCUUGGAGUGGGGGUGGGAAGAAGGGCAAGGAGCAGCAGGAGACACGGCAGGAGCAGCAGGAGACACGGCAGGAGCAGCAGGAGACACGGCAGGAGCAACGGGAAGAGCAGGAGCAGGAGGACGCGUCCUCCAUUCCUCCAUCAGAGCCAGGCAAGAGCGACUCCACGCCACUCCCUUCACUCCCUUCACCCGCUUCCUCUUCAUCACCACCACCCUCGACAGCAACCAUGGAGCCCGACUUUGCGAGCGACCACAGCAGCGUCGUCAGCACGAGCGAUAAAGUGUUGCCCUCUGAAUCAGAGGCAGACGAAGCCAUGGACAUGCAAAAGUACCGCCUGCCCGACAUCACCAAGCCCAAGACCCUCAACACACCCGUCCCUCCAGCAGAGACCAACACGACAAACACCACCGACACACCGCCCUCUCGCGCACCCACUCCACCCCCCAAAGACACGCCACCCAUUCCCCCCGCAGAAGAAGCCUCUGUCCUCGAUGACCACAACGGCAUCGACAUCGCCUCGUACUUUGAGAAGCGCCAGCUGCAUCGCGCAAACUCCAUCUACACCCUCUCCAAAGCCAGCUUCACCAACCAGAUUCAGCAAUUGACGUCGAUGAAGCUGCCGCCCACCACCAUUGCUUCCGAAAUCACCGCCCUUGCCUCGUCGACGCUCGCUGGCCGUGCGCUACACAAGGCUGCACAUGACAUCAUGCUGUGGAUAGCAAAGACCAAGGAAGUUCUCCAUGGUCUCGACGCCGAAGACGACGUCGAGUGGGCCGCCGCUGCUGGAAGAGAGGGACUGGCCGAGGUGGACGCGGCCAUUGGCAAGUUCGAGGGCCUCGUCACCGUCUACAUUACCGCCAUUGAGGAUCUGCAGGCGCGGCCAGAUAUUGCCGCCCUGCCGUCCAAGGACCAGGCCACGCUCGUCUCACAAAUGGAGGACAUUGUCAGCAAUUGGUCGGAGAUCAAGCAGACGCUCAAGGGCAUCAAGAACCAGGUGGAGAUUGCCAUGGAGUGGGAAGAGCUGUGGAACAAUGUCCUGGGCGAGAUUGGAUUCGAGGUCGAGAACCUCAGCCGCUUGGUCUUUGAGAUGGAAGAGCGCAGGCACCGCGUCAUAUCCGAUUCGAUUGCCGAAGCCCCAGAGAAGUUUGACAUUGCCGAGCUCGAGACGAUUGUCGAGGAGACGCCGAGAAAGGCGAGGAUGAUGAACAAUCGGUUCAGUAUGCCGUUGCCGCCUACGCUCUCGGUCCAGUCGCCCAUCUCGCCGAUCCCUCAGAUUGAGCAGGAGAACUCGCGGCUGCUGGCACUGUUUGCAAAACUACAGCCACUUCGCGCGAGCCUAGACUUUCUGCCCAUGCGCUUGACGGCCUUCCAGAUGCGGGCAAGCUCCCUCUUCCCAUCGGCAUGUGACGAGUUGAAUCGGAGAAAGGAGCAGCUGGAGGAGCAGGAGAAGAAGCUGGAGGCGGAGGCGGAUGCGCUCAGAGAAGAGCUGGGCGAAGACAAAUGGGUCCACAGCUUCCGACAGGCAGGAAGCAAGGCGGUUGCCAUGUAUGAGUCGUGCAUGAAGAGCAUUGACCGGCUCACGCAGGCCAUUCAGGACAAUGACGAGGAGAAGCUGCCGGCCCGUAUUGCGACGUACAAGGACAAGAAGAGUCAUUAUCCGCCUUCGAUGCGGCGCGUGUUGGAACUGAUUGACAUUGAGAUGAAGCACAGAUCGACGGUGAAUGGUGAGAUUUUGCGGAUACAGCAAGAUGUCCGGAGCAAGGUGACUGAUCUGGAGAAUGUGACCAAGGACAUGGACGCGGUGCUGGCAGACUUUACAGCCUCUCGCAAACUCCGGGAUUCCGUGUCUACCGUCCUGUCUGCUCGUACAGAGGCGUCGUCGGCUCGCGAGACGCCGAAUAGCUCCCCGGCAUCGAGCGUCGUCUUGAGCCGCAAGAGCAGCGAUUACAGCAAUCUCCGGCUCUCUAGCCAGAAACCGCGACAGUCCAGCUUUGCAACGCCACGCUCGUCGCUGGCACCAGAUAACCGUCGCUACUCGAGCAUCAACCUCGGACCCUCGGGCCCGUCCUAUAGUGUUCCCAAAGCGCCCCUCAACCGCCUCGACCUCACACCCUCACGCGCUGGAUCAUCGACGCCGACACGCCACUCACGGAUUCCACAGACGGAACGGCCGGCCGUUAAGCCGCGAUGGAGUUCAGAUGUCAAGGUACGGGACUCCCCAUCGGCAAUCAACUUGAAGCCUUUGGCUACCCCGACAACGUCGAUGCAACGGGCGGGGACACCGGAUCGCCUGUUGCGCUCUGUGAGUGGGCAGAGCGGUAUUCCUGUCAAGAGUCCGCUGGGCAAGAGUGCACCGAGUCCGCAAUCCGGUUCGAGUUGCAGGUUGAGCGCAGGACGACCGUCUGCGAGCCCGGUGACGCCUGCUGGAAAGGGCAAGACGCCCAUGUCUGUAAAGCGACAGAGUCUUGCUGUUGGUGUAGGCAGUCGCAUGACCCACGAAGACGGCGAAGAGACGGACAAGAAGGAGCAAGGGGCGGAAAGUCCGGCGGCGAGACGCACAGCACGGCCGAUGAGCGUCAUGGAUCGACGACGGACUAGUUUACUCCCGACGUUGAAGCAGAGGAGUCCUAGUGCUGCGGCUGUGGCGAAGACGAAGACGACGCCAGAGAGGGGGACGGGGAGUGCAAGUCGGAUGGGCAAGAGUGUGGGCGAGGGCAGGGCGAGUGCGGCGAGCGGGAGAAUGUCGAGUGCAGGCGAGAGACCAAAGUGGAAGUAG